UGAGAUGCUGUGAGGCUCCCCUUAGGUGACACCAAAGAGGGCGCCGCUUCGUAAGGUCCUGACUGGUCACCACCCUUUUCAGCACCCUAGUUCCCUCCUCCCGACCCCACCUCAAUUCCCACCUCUCCGAGUCCUUCUCCUCCCACCACUCCUUAUCCUAGGGCUCCGCAGCUUCGCCCUCCCCACGCGGGGCGGCAGGGCGGCGGGGCUUUGCUGCCUGGCCGGGCGGCGCUCAGGCUGGCCAGCUUCGGAUAGGCGCCGCUCGCAGCCAAUCAGCGUGCCGGGGACGCUGCGCGCUUUAAGGCCGCUGCGGGGAGAACAGAAACCAAGUUCCCCGGCAACCGGCAGCAUCCACCCGGCGGCAGGCGGGAGCCAGCGAGGCCCGGAAGGCUACAGAGUGCGCCAGCCACUCGGAAUCUAGCGCGCCCCUACUUCUCUUCGUCUUCCUUCGCCUCCCACCCGCCAAAGGUCCGACUGGUCUCUGCGCCAACCCUAGGGAGGGGGUUAGGAGCAGCCGCGCCCCCCUCCCCGCGGCAGCCGCCCCCUGCUCUCCCAGCUCAGCUCACUGCCGCGUGCGCCCGGGCCCGUGCGCCCCGGCAGCGCCAGCCAUGUCGAUGCUGCCGUCGUUUGGCUUUACGCAAGAGCAAGUGGCGUGCGUGUGCGAGGUUCUGCAGCAAGGAGGGAACCUGGAACGCCUGGGCAGGUUCUUGUGGUCGUUGCCCGCCUGCGAUCACCUGCACAAGAACGAGAGCGUGCUCAAGGCCAAGGCGGUGGUCGCCUUCCACCGCGGGAACUUCCGCGAGCUCUACAAGAUCCUGGAGAGCCACCAGUUCUCGCCUCACAACCACCCUAAACUGCAGCAGCUGUGGCUGAAAGCGCACUACGUGGAGGCCGAGAAACUUCGCGGCCGACCCCUGGGUGCCGUGGGCAAAUAUAGAGUGCGCCGAAAAUUCCCGUUGCCGCGCACCAUCUGGGAUGGCGAGGAGACCAGCUACUGCUUUAAGGAGAAGUCUCGGGGCGUGCUGCGGGAGUGGUACGCGCACAACCCCUACCCCUCGCCGCGGGAGAAGCGGGAGCUGGCCGAGGCCACCGGCCUCACCACCACCCAGGUCAGCAACUGGUUUAAGAACCGGAGGCAAAGAGACCGGGCCGCCGAGGCCAAGGAAAGGGAGAACACCGAAAACAAUAACUCCUCCUCCAACAAGCAGAAUCAACUCUCUCCUCUGGAAGGGGGCAAGCCGCUCAUGUCCAGCUCAGAAGAGGAAUUCUCACCUCCCCAGAGUCCAGACCAGAACUCGGUCCUUCUGCUCCAGAGCAAUAUGGGCCACGCCAGGAGCUCAAACUAUUCUCUUCCAGGCCUAACAGCCUCACAGCCCAGCCACGGCCUGCAGGCUCAUCAGCAUCAGCUCCAGGACUCUCUACUGGGCCCACUCACCUCCAGUCUGGUGGACUUGGGUUCCUAAGUGGAGAGAUACUGGGGCCUUGAAGGGAUGACCGGAGCAGCAACCACCCGCAGCAUCUAGGGACACUUGUACAUAGAAGCCAGGGACAACUCUGCAGCUUGUUUCUGAGGUUCUUUAGGUAGAGAGGAACCACAGGCUUUCACAAUUGUCUUUUUAAAAAUUACAACCAACAGCGAUCUCAGUUGAGCAUACUCUUGUUCUUCUCUCCAGAUUCUUAAUACCCUUGCAUUUCCCCUCCCACUAAAAGGUCAGGAAACAACAAAACCACCUAGGCUUUGUUCUGGGCAACCCAGGCAUCCCUUCUUCCAUCUCUUCCUCCUCUUCUUCCUCUCCUUCCUCCUUCUCUUCGUCUUCUUUUUAUGAACAGAAAUUACAAAUCAACUGGAUUUUAAUUAUAUUCUUUAAUUUAUUUAUGGAGAAACAGCUUAGGGAAGAGGAACAGGAAAUGAAGAGAAAGAGAGACAGAGAUAGAGAUAUCAAAAUAAUGAAAACAAGAAACCUCAGUCUGAGGGGAACUGGCUGCCUUCUUAAGAUGAAUAGGAAAACUAUAAUCACAGCUGUUUUUUUGAUGGGAAGAUUAAGUUUACAUUUUUCAUAUUUAGUGUUAAAUAAUUUUGUGUAGAUUAAAAUAAAAGAGCAGUAUUAGUGAGGGAAGCAAGUGCCUAAAUGUCUUAAUGUCCUCUCUGGGAGGCAGUUAGAAUAGCAGCCGUGUUAGUGACACAACUAUUGUUGUCAAUUUUAAUGGGGGUUUUGGUGAAUGUUUUCUUAUUUUUUUUUAACUUUUAUGACAAACUCUAAACAUGUACCAACGAGGGAGGAGAAAAACCCGAUUUCCUAAAUGUCAUCACUUCUUCCUUAGAGGCUUUCCAGUCUGUAGGCUGCCUCUGUCCAGAGGGCUCUGCUCCUCCUAGUUUCUACUUGCAAGGGGGUGCCAACCAAUCUGGCAGCCUGGUAUUUGUUACUAGAAGAGCGUGUGUUUUUAGGCUUCAUUUUUAUUGUAUCUAAACCAGUCUACAUUAAAAUUCAGUAGACCAGCAGGAGUUCAAUUCUGUUUCUGAAAGGUGAGUUGUGUACUGCUGUCACCGGGCCUAUUGGAAAAACAAGUUUUCUUGCUUUCUUAGUAGUAGUCAUGAAUUGCAGGGUAUUUUUGAAUUCUAUCACCCAAAACCAAGAGGAUAGUGGCUGGGUUAACAAUAUGAUGAAAGAAAAGAGAUUCAGCCUUGGAUAUUUAUUUAUUUUUUGUUAUUUAGAAAUGCAGUUUUGUUUACCACUGUUUCUUCUCCACAGCCUUCAUAUGUUAGCUUGGCUCUCCUGUGUUAGCAACUUAUGAAAAGACUGUGAAAGUAAACGUAAUUUAUCUGUUUUUUUUAUUUUAAAGGGAACUCGAACAAGAAUUUAAAAUUAUGAAUUGAUUUGUACAAAUUAAAAAAAAGCAGGCCAUCGGAAGCUCCUUUGUCAGAUAGUGUCCAGAAAAAUCCCAGUAAUCAUGAAGGCUCCAUGUUCUUUUUGCCUGGGGCAAAAUGAUGUAUCUUAUGUAUUUAGCUUUUAAGACUAGUGAAACAAAUGGCAUUAUUUAUUAAAAUUCUACUCAGGAUAACAGGAUUGGCUUGCUGCUCGUGCUUUGUAAAAUAUUGUUCCCCAGGGAGAGUUUAUUUAUUUUUCUGACAUGACAGUUUCAUAAUUUUGAUUUUUCCUCAUUUGUAAGUGUCAAUAUUAAUAUAUUUCUUUCUUAUCUUUCC